CGGUGGUGCCGGGAUGCGGCCGAGCGGCUCGGCUGGGGGCCGCUGCCGCGCUGUCUCCCGGGUGCUGAGUAUUCUGUUCUUUCAGGGUGUUUACACAGUCCUUUCAUUGGAGAUUAAAGCAGAUGCCCAUGUUCGAGGUUAUAUUGGAGAAAGUAUCAAGCUGAAAUGCACCUUCAGAUCAUCUUCUCCUGUCUCUGACAAGCUCACAAUAGAUUGGACUUAUCGACCUCCUACCAGCAGUCGCACAGAGACAAUUUUUCAUUAUCAAUCUUUCCAGUACCCAACCACAGCUGGCACGUUCCGUGAUCGAAUUUCUUGGGUUGGAGAUGUUUACCGAGGCGAUGCAUCUAUUAGCAUAAGCAACCCAACCAUGAGAGAUAAUGGAACAUUCAGCUGUACUGUGAAGAAUCCUCCAGAUGUUCACCACAAUAUUCCUAUGACAGAGCUGAUAGUCACUGAAAGGGGUUUUGCCAUCCAACUCUCCUCUGCUGCACUGCUCUCCAUUCUUGUCUUCAUUCCUUCAGCUGUGGUGGUCAUUCUGCUCUUGGUGAGAAUGGGGAGGAAGUCUGCAGGGCUAAAGAAGAAGAGCAAGCCUGGCUACAAAAAGUCAUCUAUUGAAGUUUCAGAUGACACUGACCAGGGAGAAGAUGAAGACUGCAUGAGAAGACUUUGUACCCGUUGUGCUGAAUGUCUGGAUUCGGAUGUUGAAGAAGCAUAUUGAUGACAGGAUAAAGAAUUUCAGAAUCAUCUGGCUUCAGAACUUAAGAAUCAUCUGUUGAUCUUCAGAAGAAUCCGUUCCUUUAUUUGUUGAAGUUUUGUGUGUGAUUGAAGUUGGCUCGGACUACCAUGUUGAAAAGCCAUGUUGGAUGAUCCUGAGUUCAGUAGUCAAGACUGUCCAGUAACUUUAUUUAUUGAAGAAAUUUUUUUAAUAUUUAUAAAAUGUUUAAAGACCUUAAUAGAAGAGAUGCAUAAAAAGUAGAGCUCCUAGUUAUAAUAGUUUACUAAGUUAUAUUCUGGUUGUACUGAGCACUUAUUUUCCUGACUAGGAAGAUACAUAUUGUUUGUGUUGCAUUCUACGUAUUGUAUGUUUUCUUCCACUUGUUUGACGGAGAAUCAUAAAUAUUUGUUAUUUACUGACUGCAGAUGAUCUUUUCUUUCAUGGGAUUGUCAUCUGUAACAUCCUUUUGUUCUUAACUGUCAGGCAAAAUUAUUUGUGGUAGUGUUGUACUUGGUCAGUUUUUAGCUUGGAGCUACUAAUUGAACAGUAAUCAACUACUUAUUUCUCUCCUUUUACUGAAGCUGUAAAAUUUCAUUGUGUAUUAUAAUCUCAAAAUCAUUUAGACUGUAUAAAUUGUAAUCAUUCAAGAUUAGUCAAAUUCUGCUUUGUUUCAGUACUAUAUUUUUUCAUGUUAAAUGUAUCAAUUUAUAUUUAAGGAAAGGAGUAGUGGGGCAGUGGAAUUCAUUUCUUCUGGCUUGCUAGACCAUAACUGGGCUGGGAUUGUAAUGAGUAAUAUCUUAUUGUCAUACUUCCUUGCCUAUUCAGCUACUCUCUGUUUUGCUCCUUGGCUUUUAAGCCAGAGGCUGAAAAAACUCUCUGGAAUUUUCCAGUAUGAAAUUAUAGGCUAUUAUAGCUUCUAUUUUAAAUGGCAGUGUUUUCUAAUCUCUCAGAGUUGAUGAUUUUCCAAAUUCACAAAGUAUGCACACUAUUAAUCAUUUCAGAUGUGAAUCAAGAGUUAGAAGCAUGGACGAGGACUGUACAGAUCCAUAAUUUCCCAUUCUAUCUUCUGCCUUCUAUGUGCUCUAUGUACUCCAUCUUAAUUCUCUAGUGCAUGACAGUUAAGCCAAAUGAAAUGCACAUAUUUUAUAUGCUGAAAUUUUAACAUUUUUCCAUAUAUAGAAAAUUAAAUUUUAGAUGUCAUAAAACUUUUAAGAAAUAUGUGUGCCACAUGAAGAAAAGUUGAUAAUAUAUUUCAACUAUCUAGAGAUUGUUUUCUUAAUUUUUUGUAUUCAAAAAAGCUCUUUCUGUUUUUGUUUUUUCUGCUAUAACUGAUUUGGUGCUUCUGGUGUUUUCCAAGUUCUGGCACUUCACAGAAUAUGUGACAUUAAAACUCACUGUUCCCUUCUUCUUUUUAGAUUUUUAGCCCAGAUCAGGUUUUUUUUUUUUUUUUUUUUUUUUUUUUUUUUUUUUUUUUUUUUUUUUUUUUUCUGGUUGUUAUUUUUACCAGAGAAUGAGCUCAGAUGCAUUGUGGUAUCUCCCAUUGAUUCAUUUAACCCUCCUUGGUUAAAUUGUUUUACAAAUAAGAAAAUAUGGUUACCUAACUAAGGUUGCUGUUUAUCUAAGAUCACAGAAAUGUUCCAGCCAAAUCUGGGACUUGUACUUUGCUUUUUUCCGUGUAGUCUCAUAAUUUAUUGGAUCAUAUGAUAAUUGAUUUUAAGGCUGAUUCAAUGAAAUUCUAGGACCCAGCUAUUUAAACUGGGGAUUGUGAAGCCAUAUGGAGUCUUGUAACUGAAUGUGGGGUUGCAAAAUUAUGAUUUAUUAUCAGUAAAGUUUGAUUUGUUUUCCUAUUUUAUUUUCUUACACGCCCAGGGUCAUGUAAAGAUUUCUCUGGCGAAAAGAGGUCAUGAAUGGAAAAAGUUUAAAAAGCUCUGCUAUACAAAGAUAAUUUAAGUAAUAAGCUGAACUUUUAAGUAUUCCUAAAUGGCAAUGUAGGCAUUUUCUCAGCUCCUUGAGAAGGGGAAUAAUACUUCAGGAUGACCCAGUUAAAGCCAUA